AUGAUUGAUCUUCGUUUCCUACUUAAACAAUUCGAUGCCAAUCCCAGCUUGGACGAUGAUUCCAUCGACUCAGACGCCUACUAUAGUCAGGUCUUCUUCUUCUUGCUAGUAGAGUCGACAUUCAUACCGCAAAUGCACUGCAUUGGCUAG